AUGGGUGACGAUAGGAUACCAAAGAUAAUUAUGGAUUGGGAGGCAGAGUAUAUAAGGAGAGGAAGACCUCCAGUUAGAUGGAAGGACAGAGUGGUGGAGAAGGAAAUUAAAGCAACCAGUGAAGAAACCAGAAAGAGAAUUACAGGCUGCCGGAUUGUGAUGGAAGAUCCGACUUACCACUCAAGUGGAAACACGACUUUAAUUGAACCAAGUCCGUUUCUAAAGGCUGAAUGGAAGAGCAGCGGGUCGCCAGCCGACCCGAGAAGAGGUGAAACAGCAAGACGAUACAACGUAACCAAACAACUAACCCCUCAUCCUCACGAGACCGGUUCGACAACGCUACUGACGGAAACUGCAGUCCCUUCUCAGGUUCUCAGGCAGCCCCCCUCCACGUUACUUUACGAUCUUGCUUUAGUACCGUCAGUACCUCUGCUAUGA